AUGGACAAUACAUUUCAACUCAAUGAUGUUGAUAUGGGUGAUGAUUCACCCACUGCCGACCCUACUCCUGGAUCUGGUGUGUCUGCUAGUACUGAAUGCACACCAGAUGUACAUGUUAAUCUGGUUUCUCCUGCUGUUGUUGUAUCUAGGGAUGGGGCUGUGGCUUCUGAGAGGCGGUUGAUUGCAUUUAGUGAUAUAGCAAAGCGUUUGGACUUGGGUUCUAAUAAACUUGUUUUAGAUGUUCCUACUCGAUGGAAUAGCACCUACUUGAUGUUGAAGACUGCAAUUAGGUUCAAGGAAGUGUUUCCUAGAUACCAUAGAGUAGAGCAAGCUUUUCUGUGGGUGGUAAGUCCUGAACAGUGGGAUAAGGUUGAGAAUGUGAACCAAGUUUUAGCUGUUUUCAAUGAUGUGACCAAUGUUGUCUCUGGAAGUGACUACCCUACAUCCAAUCUGUUUUUACCUGAGGUGUGGAGAAUGAAAGAAAUUGUGGAUAUUAAGGCUGGGGAUAGGAAUGAAUAUAUGAGAUUAAUGUCAGCUAAGAUGAGUGAUAAAUUUGAUAAGUAUUGGGGAGAAUCUAAUAUGGUGAUGGCCUUAGCUGCUGUGUUGGAUCCUAGAUACAAAAUGAAGUUGAUUAGGUUCUGUUUUCCUAUCAUUUAUCCACUUGAUACGAAAGGUGAUAACAUAAAGGGGGUGUUGAGUACUUUGAAAGAGUUGUUUGAGGUUUAUGUUGCUGCCCAUAAUGCAUCUAUCAUUCAACAACAAGUAGCUGCUGAAGUCAGUGCUGCUACUACUUCAGUUGCCUCUGUUACAGAGGAAGUUUCUGGUGGCAGAUCACGUUUUAGGCAACAUGUUAGAAGCAAUGACAUCAUCCGGCCCAUAAAAACAGAUUUGGAUGUUUAUCUUGAAGAAGAUGUAUUCAUUUCUGAUAGUGAGCAUGGUGAAGAUAGUGAUGCAAACUUUGAUGCUUUGGGAUGGUGGAAAUCCAAUGCCUUAAAGUACCGCAUCUUAUCUAAGAUGGCACGGGAUGUAUUGGCUGUUCCAAUCAGUACAGUUGCUUCAGAAUCAUCUUUCAGUGCGGGUGGUAGAGUUAUUGAACCCCAUAGAGCAUCAUUAUCAAUUGAUACUGUUGAGAUGCUCCUAUGUGGUGCAGAUUGGGUUAGAGCACUUCAUGGCAUUAAGAAAAAAUCUCGAAUACCUAAAAUGGUGGAAGUGGAAUUGCCAAAUGUGCCGUGA